GGUGAAAUGCACCGGCUGAGAAUUGAUGUCACUCAGGCCACUUUAGUCAGUGUGGCCCCCGUGUUUACUGUGACAAAACUUGACAAAGGAGGAAAUGUUACUUCUUUUAAAAGGGAAACUGACUUGUAUCAAGAAUUAGGUCUUCAAGCCAGAGAUUUGCGGUUUCAGCAUUUAAUGAGCAUCAUCACCAGGAACAACCGGAUCAUCAUGAGGAUGGAGUAUUUGAAAGCUGUGAUAACUCCAGAGUGUCUGCUGAUAUUAGAUUAUCGUAAUUUAAACCUGGAGCGGUGGCUAUUCCGGGAACUCCCUUCACAGCUGGCCGGAGAGGGUCACCUUGUCACGUACUCGCUACCCCUUGAGUUUAGAGCAAUAGAGGCGCUCCUGCAGUACAGCAUCAGCAUCCUUCAGGGGAACAGCAUGUCGGAGCCCCGGAUCCUCGACACGCUGGAAGCAUUGGUGGAUCCCAAACACUUCUCUGUGGACAGAAGCAAACUGCACAUCUUACUGCAAAAUGGCAGAAGUCUGUCCAAGUUAGAAACAGACAUCAAAAUGUUCAAAGAGUCCAUUCUGGAGAUCCUGGAUGAGGAGGAGCUGCUGGAGGACUGUCUCAGCAAGUGGGGCGACCCCGAGGUCUUUGAGCAGAGCAGCGCGGGCACUGACCACGCGGAGGAGAUGGAGCUGCUGCUGGAGAACUACCACCGGCUGGCGGAGGAUCUGCCCCACGCAGCCCGGGAGCUGAGGGCACUGAUCGACGACUCCCAGAGCGUCACCUUCAUCAACCUGGACUGCCACCGCAACGUCAUGAUGAGGCUGAACCUGCAGCUGACCACGGGCACCUUCUCUCUCUCGCCCUUUGGACUAAUCGGAGUUGCUUUGGGGAUGAAUUUGGAGUCUUCCCUUGAAGAGGACCACAGGGUGUUCUGGCUGGUCACAGGCAUCAUGUUCCUGGGCAGCGGCCUGAUCUGGAGGCGGCUGCUGUCAUUCCUCCGGCGGCAGCUGGAGGCCCCUCUGCCUCCCAUGAUAGCCUCUUUACCUAGGAAGACCCUUCACGGCAGACGGCUGGACGUGAAGCAAAGCUUCUGGAUGGAUGGGCUGGGACCCAGCAGGAGCAUACACACACACACACACACACACACACACACACACCCCGCCCCGUGA